AUGAAAGAGCCCUGCAAAAUAUGCGGCACAGAGACAAAGAGCAUCUGUUACAAGCUGUAUGUCUGCGGGGCUUGCACCAUGUUCUACAGACGGAAUUUCCGAUUCUGGGGAAAACUCUCGUGUCGGAUGAACGGGAACUGUAAUUUACUGGCUGGUAAGUUUUUUUUGACCAACCAAUAAACUUUUAAACAAGAUUUUUUACGCGAAGCUUGGCAACAUUAAGACUAGAAUUAAAUUGGUGAGUGAUGCAGGUGCGCUCGUAUUUACCUCAAAUUUUGCAUGCGUGAGAACUCUAAAAAUUUUUGCUUGUGCUCUGCAGGGCUAUUCUGGACCACUACGAAUUCAACCUAAAAAUCAGGGGACGGUUUUAGAGAACCCUGAUUUAAAACUUUCCCAAGCUUCAUCAAAGCUUUUUUGCAUCCCGUAAGGAUUCCAUCGACCAAUAGUUCCCUCAAAACUCUAAAUUUUUGCCCGUGUUAUUUUUGAUAACAUUCCUACCGUUUCAGGUGCUUCAAAUGACAGACGAACCUGUCGGGCAUGUCGAUUAAAGGCCUGCCGUGACCUUGGCCUUCGAAUGAUCGGGAAAUCCCUAGUCGUCCAACAAGAUGGCCUACCAGAAAACGAUAUCCUCGAACCAGACGAGGCCAAGUCUUGUUCAUGCACCUCGAGUUCCUGUUGCGCAACAAAACAACCGAUUGUAAAGCGAGAAGACGCGGAUUCCUGGCCAUCGUCGUCCGAAGCCUCCCCUGGGGUAAAGGUACUUUCGUGUUUUGAGCAACGCAAACGCCUUCAUCCAAUCGUUAUGCACAUUGAUUUACUUGGUAUUUUUAGGACAUCAUGGAGGUAAAUCCAACCGCUGCAUCGCCCGUUUCUCCGUCAACAUCUCAAAACUCCCACUCGAUGGCGUCAACACAACUAGCUCGAGAUAUUGCCAUAACUAUGAAUGAAUAUCCUAAUUAUAUCCCAAGCGAAUCCGGUUUCCGACCUUACACUCAAUACCAAUACGAUGUGGUCAGUGGAUUCCACGAAAUGGAUCGAUAUCCUCACUUAACGCAUUUGAAACGUAUCGUUGAAGUCUUCAGGCGAUUCAGAGAACGUCAACGGAAUAUUUCCAUUGAGGUGAUGAAUGUAGAUGUUGAUUUGGAACCCGAGCCUCCGUUGGUGCCCCCAAUACAAAUUGGGUCGUUACAAUUCCCGGUAAUGGAGAGGAAAAUGGUCCAGCUUGCCUGUAUUGCCAUUAUCGAAUUUUUGGAGGGUUGCGAAGGACUAACUAUUGAUGAAAAAGUACGUUGACAGUCCUCAUGUUACCACUAAUUACAUUUCUCUUUAAUUUUUACGUCAUCCUCUUAUAGGUCCAAAUCAUGAAGCCGACGAUGAACGACAUAUCACUGCUUUUCAAAAUGUACCUCACUUGUCGUCGAUAUCCCCAGAAAGGCGAUUCUCGGAUGGGAAUGUGGACCGGAGUCUACAAUGACGUGGAUGCCUAUGACACAUACAUGUCCGAUCUCUUGCCUGUUCUUGGUCCCGAUGCUUAUCUCAAACAUUACAAUAAGAGUCGAACGUUGGUGGUGCCGUUCUACGAGCGCAUGAAACGGGUUAUGGAUAGAUUCCGCGACUUUAUGCCGUGCGCAGUCGAGUUCUCGGUUUUGGCGUGUAUGAUGGUCUACGAAAGAAGUAAGUCGAAUAUUUGAAUUGGAAUAUUUCGGUUUUAGUGGAGACUGUGGAGAUCCAAACAGUUCUGGCGAUGAGGUUGAGAGACAAGCUGUGUGCCGAGUUGAGUGUUUAUUUGAGUGAUCGAUAUCCUCCUCAUGUCGUGUCGGUCCGGAUGAUGAGAAUGUCCACCCUGUUAUAUGCUGUUCGGGUAAGUCUAAGCCUACUUUUGGAAUUCUUAAACCAUGACCUUAUCACGCCUAAAAUCAUCUGUAAUUUCGCCCAAAAAAUCGCAGACUUACCGUAUCCAUGACUUGAAAUCCUAUUUAUUCCGUUAAUUAGGAACUGAUCAAACCGUUAUUUCUUUCAGGAAUGCGAUAACCAAUAUGCAGAUAUGUUCUCCUUGCUUGGCGUGCUGAUCCCCGAGAAUCGCGACCAGGACUUCCAGACUAUGCCAGACGUUGUUCCGGAGAUGAUGCGACGCCUUGUUCUCGAGCAUUGUACCCAUCUCAAACACCUCAAACCCAAAGAAGACAUGGCGUAA